CAAAAAUGAACCACUUCUCCCCAAACCUCCCUAAUCCCUCAUUCAAAAUAAAAAUCUCCAAAAUCACCUCGUGCCUCCCCACUCAAAACCAGCCGUUCACAAAUCUCUGUAGUUCGAAACCAUUGAAGGCCAGGCCAAAGCCAAAGAAGACAAUUGAGACUGAAUUACUAGAUCCUGUAGCCAAGAUCCUUAGUAAAUAUCUAUCUGAAGAGAAUAUCUUUAAAAUCCAGAAGAGGUUUCGUAGAAAAGCUAUUAAACGGAAUGUAAUUGAUAGGCAAAGGACGAGACAGAGAAAGUCUAAGAAUUUGUGGAUGAAUGAUGGGAUUGUUUCCAAAACAUGCAUGAAUUUCUCACAAUCUCCCUUGAAGAAAGGACUCAAUGAAGACCUUAAAGAUACAAAUAUGAACGUUCUUGGAUCAAAGGUGGUCAGCGUUCUAAAAUAAGAAAUCUCCAGAUUUAAAUCCAGAAGAAAAACCCAACACUCAAACCUCACCCAAAAUCAUCAUCAACAACCAAAUAAACCACCCUCUCAAGCUCAGCCAAAACUACCCAAGCUCCCUCCAAAACCCCUCCUCCAAAUCCCCUUGGCUCCAUAAAUCCCCUUGGCUCCAUAAAUCCCCUUCCAAAACCCUCUAUCAAUCCACUUCCAAAUAAAUCUGCCCAUCUCUUCUCAAGUCAUUCAGAAUCGGCUUACAUUGAUAUCUGUUCGCGACCGAGUUCUAAGAAGGCUCAAGAUUAUGAAAGUUAUUAUAGAAAUCUUAUUUCUUAUAACAAGAAAUUACUUUCGGAUUCCAUGAGCGAAAUAGAGAGCUUGCAUGCGAUUAAAAACAGUAGGAUGGCCAGAGGGGAAUGCGGUGACAGAAACCACUCAGAGGAAACUAAGCGAUCAGUGCUGAAGAAGAUUCCGACAUGAAUUUCCAAUACUAAAUUUUAAGUUCAAAAGAUCAUCCCAAGGUAAAAGAAUGAAGAAAAAAUAAUUAUGAGCAUUCUAAGAAUCUCAGUAGCGCACUGAAGUGAUUUGGAAGGAUCCCAGAUCCAUAUAUUAAGGCUCAGAGAGUUGGAAUUUCAAGGAAGUCAUGGGAUAGAAAUAUAGAUAUCGGUAGUCAGACACCUAUUCCUGGGUAUAGUUAUCUUAAUAUCAACCUCAAUGAUACUUCCAGUUCUCAAAAUAUCUAUAAGAAUUCAACGAAAUGAAGAAAUUCAGCUAAACCCCUGGUUUCUCCUCCAGGAUUUACAAAAAUUACCAAUAUCCCAAAACUCAAGCUAAAUUCAAGAAGUGGAAGGAACUCAAACAUGGUUUCACAAGGAAUUUCUUUUAGAGGAAGGAAUAUUUCUUGCAACACUUCAAUAACUCCAACAUUGUCAGUACCUCAAACCGUCAAAAUGAGACCACCAGAGCCAACAGAUUAUUUAGAUUUUUAA